UGGAGGCACUUGGCAACAGAACUUGACUUGAAUGGAAGCAAGACUCAUAGGAUACUCAUUUCCUCAGUAAAAGACGCCUUCUAUCAUCUAUGCGCUUGCAAUCCGAUUUUAAAUGCUAAAACUAGUAGAUUUAAAGUUCCCUAUCCAAUCCGGUUGCAAUAGCAUCUGCUAAUAAUCAUCGAUGACAGUGAAUCAUGAAGUAAUAAAACUCCAACAACAAAAUAAUGCGAUAUUACUUUGUGUUCUAAAGCAGAAAAACACCAGUUUAGCGUCGAAAUGGCUCAAAGAAUUCAAGGGAUCUGCUUACGACCCAAAGGUUGAUAUGAAAGACUGUCUCGAGCACGUAGCAGUACUUGACUCUGACGAGAAGAACAUAUAUCAGUGGAUCCUACACUUGGAGGAAUAUAACCAGUGGCUCCAAGAGGAGAAAUCGAGCAUCCUCGAUAUCGAACUCCAGACACCUCCCACUUCUUUGAACAAUCCAGUCUCCUUCAAUAGUGCGCUGGUCGCCACAACCCUCCGAAGCACAGAUCAAUUCCCGGUGCUCGCUUUCUUCUGUAGACAUAGAAACCUCAAGUCUUCCUCGAUGGAUAACGCGAGCCCUGUCGCUCUCGUCAAGAGUCUGACCGGCCAACUUCUUAGGUUCAUCGUUGAGCACCGGCCCUUCAUAGACCUAUCACCAUUGGAAAACCAGAAGCUCUUUUUGAAAGCGAGGACGGAUCUUAACAAUGGACUCUUGCUGCUGGAUACACUACUCUCGUCACUGCCAAGAGACGACAUGGUUUUUCUUAUUAUUGAUUCUCUCAUACCUCAGGGGAAAAGGGGAGAAAAAGGUCAUUGAAAAGCUAAAAACGAUUUUUAGGAAGAGGGAAGAUCUUGUCAUAAAGGUGAUGGUUACGGAUGCGUUUGUUACCUCAUAUAUCAAGAGAGUGAGGGUCAUGUCGCUCUAUGUUCCCGAUGUGGUUAGUGGAUGCGGCGUGAUUAAUGUGGUUGAGAGCAGAUACGAAAUUGCUAGUAAGACAAGGCGUCAACGAAACGCGAAAGAGGAAGAUGAGAGGAUU